CUGAGCACGCUUCGUGCUAUCCGGGAUCUCAUUGAGCACACACGUGUUGUCGUCAGGUCAGUCGCGCAGCAGACCGAAGAUGGCGGAUGUAGAAAGUAAGUAGUCCUUGCACAGUCUAACAGAACUAUCUUAUUUCAAAGUAGCUAGCUACAACUGCUGUGACAUUUUAGGUGUUUGUUGUUGUGUAUGUUUAUUUACUAGGAAAUUGUGAAAUAUUACUAGCAACACUGCACCCAACAUUGAGGCAUGAUCAAACAAGCGGCCACGUUCCCAAUAACUUUGCAUGACCCAGCGUAAACCAUGUGGGUAUCCAACUAGCUACACAUAUAGCAGUAUAUUCAUUGAUAUAUAUAGUUACUUGCGUAUACUCCCAGAUCAUGGUAUUGCAAUCGUGCUGAAUUUUGUUGGUAAGAUGGCUAGCUAACUUUAACAACUAAGUAGUCCUAGGUUACGUAGUUAACUACGUAGCUAGGUAACGUUAGAUGGCUACUGUAACGUUACAUAACUAGAUAGCACGUAACUAACGACGUAGUUGUCUAACUGUAACUAUGUACUUAGCGCUAGCUAACAAAGUACAUACUUUUGGGUAACAGUAGUGCCCAAUGGCAGCCUCAGAACUUUAUCUUAGCUAGCUAACGUUACGCCAUUUUGUUAAUAAUCACACUCAACUAGAGGGGUUUCAUCCAGACACAGAAUGGUUGCCACGUUCCGAUGGUGGUCACGCUGUCUGUGAAACGGUACUGCGAAUUCAUGAAUAUGAACUAUUUUCAGUUAACUAGCUUACUUGCAAUAUCUGAGUUGUAUAUGUGUCGUUAUGCACGUUUCUGUGACUGCGGACACCGUACAUAGUUGGGUAAAAUUGCCCGUAAAGGCUCAUUUUCUUACACCACCAAAAGUACCACGUGCCAGUCGUGUCGGCCACGUGGGAGCGCUUUGCCAAAUCGAAUGUGGUAUGCUGAUGAGCAAUAACUAUUAGCUAUCUCUCAAUUAGCUGAUUAAACUAAACGAUUUACGAUGGACCACCACCAUUUAAGUUUAAAGUUUUAUUAGUCGUAUGUACGGGAUAUGCAUGGUAUACAUCUUCCAACGAAGUGCUUACAGUACCUACAGGUUUCUUCUCGACAAUCCUCCAGUAGGGAAACGUCAUGGAACACAUGUUUGUUGCUAGCUAGUAACAUUAUCCCUUUAUUUUUCCUUUCAAGUGAACUCUGCUAAAAAGCAGAAGAAGAAGAAGGAAAAGACAGUUGCUGUUGAUGACGUUGGGGUAAGUCCUUACAAGCUUUUUUCACUGUUAGAUUCAAAUGGUACGAACAUUUCCCCUAAAUUCCUCAUUUUUUGGUACAGGAUAUUCAGGAGAGUGGAGAUUUCCUCAUCAAACCGGAGUCCAAAGUUGCUAGUCUGGACACAUCUCAAUGGCCUUUGCUGCUGAAAGUGAGUUUGGCUACUCUUGUCCUGUCCAUCUGUAGAAGCAGGAUGCUGUAUCUGAAAUGAUGAACUUGUUUAUCCAUUCGCUGAGUGCUGCUGGGCCCUGGCCCUGCAGCCCCCUGUGUCUGUUCUUGACUCAGGGGGAUCAGCGGCUUGACUCUAUGCUUUUGCCCCAGUGUUCUACUGGGGUAAACUGUGUUGGGGGCAGGUGUGCUGGUGCUAUGGUUAAGGGCCCGGCUACAACUAAGACGAGCGUAAACUCCUGAUCACAUGCACAUCCCUUCCAUGCAAUUACAUUUGGUUAUUUGUAAGGGAAAUUCUUAAUUCUAACUUCUCCCCUGUUGACUCAUUUUGUCAUGCAGAAUUUUGACAAACUCAACAUCAGGACAGCUCACUACACACCCUUGCCAAAUGGCUCAAACCCUCUGAAGAGGAACAUUCAGGACUAUGUCAGGUAACUUUUGGUCCUUUUUGCUCAGUCGCGUGAAUUUUUUAUGAAGCCACAUGAUGAAUGUAAAUAGAUUGCACUAGCACUAUGUGCAAAGAUGACUCCUUAUCUAUCACCCUUGUCUGAUGGCUCUACACGGAUGCCUUUUAAAAUAUUGAAGUGUUGUCUGUGAUUUCAUUUUGCUCCACUCCUCUAACUCAAUCCAUGUGAUGUGCAGGACAGGCUUCAUCAACUUGGACAAGCCUGCCAAUCCCUCCUCUCACGAGGUGGUGGCCUGGAUCAGACGUAUCCUGCGAGUGGAGAAGACUGGCCACAGUGGUACCCUGGACCCCAAGGUGACAGGCUGCCUCAUUGUGUGUGUGGACAGAGCCACACGACUGGUCAAGUCCCAGCAGAGUGCAGGUGAGUCACCUUGUAAACCCAACUCCUUCCUGCUCUGAAUGUUUACCUCCUGAUGGUUAUGUAAACACAUUAAGAUUGGCCUCUCCUUACUACUCUUCUGCCGUCUGUUUCAGGCAAAGAGUAUGUGGGAAUUGUUCGGCUGCACAAUGCUAUUGAGAAUGAGCACACGCUUGCUAGGGUAAGUUAUCUUGUUAAUGCAGUUUUUUACUCUUAGCAUGGUUCAGAGUUUGUAAUUUAACUGUAAAAGUAUGCCAAUAAAUGUGUCUGCUUUUGUAAUAUUAAGUUACUGCCUCUUGACAUGUAUGUGAGAUGAUGAUUGUGUUUAUCCAUUCUCUGAGUGCUUGCUAGGGUCCUGCUUUCUCUGUGGUGCUCAUGUCUGUUUUAGCCAUGAGUGUCUGCUGUGCCCCUGGCGCCACUCUGCCACUUCAGUGUUCUACUGGGGCAGCUUGUGGUGGAGACAGGGGCAGGACUGGAGGGCCCUGCGAUAACAAAGACGAGUUGACACGCCUGAUCACACAUUAGUAAGGACAUGGGUGUUAUACCGGUGUUGUGGGACGUCAUGGUUAAUCCAACACUUGUCUCUUCUUUUUUUAGGGUAUUGAAACCCUUACAGGAGCUUUGUUCCAGCGACCACCUCUCAUCGCAGCCGUUAAGCGCCAAUUGAGAGUUAGGACCAUUUAUGAAAGCAAACUCAUUGAGUACGACCCAGAGAGGAGAUUGGGUAAGGAAUCGAAUGCUUUAUUUCCUCAUGCUCCGGUUAGAAAUGUUUGUCAGUACUUGAAUACAUGAAAUUACGAUACUCUUUAUAAACUGGAAGUUGUUGAUGCUAUUUUAGAGAUGAUAAUCUAACCGUAUUGUUUGUUGCAGGUAUUUUCUGGGUGAGCUGCGAGGCUGGGACCUACAUCAGAACCCUGUGUGUCCACCUGGGGCUCCUCCUGGGUGUUGGUGGUCAGAUGCAGGAGCUGAGGAGAGUUCGCUCUGGUGUUCUGGGAGAGAGGGUGAGUCUCUUACCUCUUUCAUAAUCCUUUGACUGUGUUUUGUCUGGUUACUUUGAGGUCCAAAGUGUUGAGUUCGGUUCUGGGCCUCUCCCCAGUCCUGGUAAUUAUUCUUUGGCACAGAAAUGGCAUAGAGUGGCUCUGAAUAGAAAGUGGACAUGCCAGCCACUUGAUUCCACUCUAGCCAACAUGUUAUGGGAAUGUUGAUACUUAGGCCUAUGGUCUGUUUAAUGUGUAAUGUAUUUAGGACUCAUUCAAUGUUGGAACAUGUUCUCUGCAGGACAAUUUGGUGACCAUGCACGAUGUGCUGGAUGCUCAGUGGCAGUAUGACCACAACAAGGAUGAGACAUACCUUCGCAGAGUCAUCUACCCACUGGAGAAGCUUCUAAUAUCUCACAAACGUCUGGUCAUGAAAGACAGUGCAGUGAGUUCUUGUUUUCUGACUCUAAAUUGAUAGUCUGGGUGUUGUUUUCCAAAUGUGCCCUUGUGUAGAGGACUAAACAAGUCUUUGAAUUAAUUCUGAUUUAUUUUCUCCCCAGGUGAAUGCAAUCUGCUAUGGAGCAAAGAUCAUGCUGCCUGGUGUACUACGAUAUGAGGAUGGCAUCGAGAUCAACCAAGAUAUUGUGGUUAUAACAACCAAAGGAGAGGCCAUUUGUAUAGGUGCGCAAUAGAAAUAUGCUGUUCUGCAAAGCAAUUGCUUUUUCAAAAGGCCACAUGAUGAUCUCAUAGACUGCAUUAGCACUUUGUGCAAAGAUGACCUAUUAUCUAUCACCCUUGACUGAUGGCUUUGAAAAACUAGAUUUUCUCCAUAUAAAUGUUUAUGCUCUUAUCUCAACUUUGUUCCCUUACAAUUUUCCAGCUACUGCCCUCAUGACGACUGCAGUGAUCUCCACAUGUGACCACGGGGUGGUGGCCAAGAUCAAGAGGGUCAUCAUGGAACGAGACACCUACCCCCGCAAGUGGGGCUUGGGCCCAAAGGUAACGCCUCUUGUGCAAGCUAUUGGUAGUCUCCAUUUACAUUUUAGUCAUUCUUAUCCAUAGCGACUUACAGUAGUGAGUGCAUACAUUUUUAUACUGGUCCCCCGUGGGAAUCUCGCAUCCCUGGCGUGUGUGAGGCACACUGGACUACAACAGUUUAUGCUUUUAGUGCUGUAUUAGGAAGAUUCGAACUAUGAUUUCUAAUGAACAGGCCAGCCAGAAAGAUGAUGAUCCAGAAGGGCCUGUUGGACAAACAUGGCAAAGCCAACGGCAGCACUCCAUCAGACUGGAAGGAGGGCUACGUAGAUUACAGGUGUGAAACCAGUCUGGGAGGGGGCUAGAUGGAGCAGUUUGGUAUAGCAACCUACAUGCAUCUUAUGAUUCUAGUCAGCAGACAGUUAUCCCUUUCUGGUCUGCCCCGUGGUCUCUGAGGGAGUCAGUCUGCAACAUCAACUCUCGUAGCUCAGCAGAGAUCUGGUAGUGCAUUCUGCCUGGCUGGCAGCUGAGCUGUGUGAACAUUCAUAGCUACUAUUUCCCACCCAUGUGGGGUAACUUGCAACCCAAACCUUUUCAGUCAACAGUUGAUCUGUAGGUGCAUUUGUUAAUCGUUCUUAAGGAAUGAGUCUGAUACAAAGGCUGACAUGUGGCCUUCUCAUUUUCAGUGCGUCCAAGCCCAAGGCUGAAGGAAACGGCAAUGGUGAAGCAAAGGUAUGUGUACAUAAGUUGAUACUCUGGUAUUGAUUGAUUUGAAUUGGAUCAGUAUUUGGCACGCAUGCCAAAGAAGCUGUAGUUAAUUCCAUAUAUGAAGUUAUGUGCAUAAUGAGAUGGACUAAACAAUGUCUCCGUCUUUCAGAGGAAGCGUGAAGACAGUGACAGUGAUGCAGCAGCACCCUCUGCACCUUCCACUCCGUCGGCAGAAGAGAAGAAGGAGAAGAAGAAAAAGAAGAAGGAAAAGAAGCAGAAACUAGAGGAGGCGGCGCCAGCAGCAGAGACAGACGGAGAGGUGGGUUUCUGCUUCUGUUCUGAAUGGACAGCAGUAUGACCUUGUGGCUCUAGAAUAUGCUCUGGUCACAGGGAGGGACAUGUUGAAGUUAUGGUUUUCAGCAGUAGUUUCUCUGUAAAUAUACAGCCAGUUAAUGAAGUGCCAUGCCUAUCACUGGUGCAAUAUAAUUUGCAUUUAUCCCGUGCAGAAAGUUAUCCCUUUCCAACCUGCCUGUGGCUGCAGAGGGAGUCAGUCUGCUACAUUAUUGUGGGUGUCUUUCAAGCAUGAGCAUUUGGUCAUGUUGGUUCCUUACAUCUUCUACACCUAUUUUGUUAGCAAAGUCACUACAGCUACACCUAACAUGCCUUUUAAACUGCAGAGGGCAUUUUCACUUAGGACUUUGAAUUGCUUUAAACAUUUGCCAAAGGAAUAACAAAUCUCCUUAUGCACAGGUGGGCGAGAGUGCCAAGAAGAAGAAGAAGAAGAAGAAGAAGAAGGAAGCGGAGGCAGAAGCAGAGUGA